CAAUAGCGCGGAGACAAUAACAAGGCGUGUCACCUCGCUCUACUGUCGUUACGUCGGAGCGACUCACUCCACUCACUCUACUUCACACUACCCACUCUACUUCACACUACUCAUAUUCAACUUUACUACCACAAUCGUACUGUAUUCCUGACAUCAUGUCGUUCAGAUUGUUCCGCUGGCCAUGGAGCCACUCUCCCCAUCGCAAAGGCACGAGUGGUGAAAAGACUGAAGAGCGCAACAAGUCCACUCCCGAACGCGAUCAAGACCGCAAGCAAACACCAACCAACGAACCAGCACGCGACUACGCUGCAGACAUCGUCAUCGAACAGUCUACCAGCGACAACCCUCUCCCCGAAGGCUACAUCGGCACCUUCGAAGGCAUCCACUACACCCCCCCGCCGACCCCCCAGCCCUGCAGCCCGGGCACCCAUCUCCACAAGCUCAUCUGCAACCACCACAUCACCACCCGCACUCCCUCACCCUGCGGCCUAAACUGCCACACCCCGACCCCCACACACCCCGCCUUCGCCUGCACCGCAUGCCAGCACACCGUCACAACGACCCUCGCCUCGCUCCCCGCCGCCGCCGCCACAUCCCUCCAGCACGCCCGACACACCCCCGCGCUGUAUGCCGCCCUCGCGGUCGAGCUGGUCGCGGUGCACUCGCAGAUGACGGCGAAUAUCGCACAGACGAUCGUGCACUUGCAGGGCGGGUACGCGCGCGCGGCGCAGCGCGCUGCUGGGCCGGCGCCGUGUGUCCCGCUCGUGGAGUUUGUGGCGGGGAUGAAGCGCGAGGAGGUGCGUGGGGACGCGGUCCGGGAUGUGGGUGUGAAGACUGAGAAGGUGGAGAAGGCGGAGAAGACAGAGAUGCCUAAGACCGAGAUACCCGCGAAGACUGAGAAGCCCGCGAAGACUGAGAAGCCCACGAAGCCCGAGACACCUGAGAAGACUGGGACACCUGAGAUGCCCAUGCAGUCCUCAAAGCACCGGAAGCCCGAGCACUCCCCAACGCCCGCGGAGUCCUCGCAGCCCAGCAAGCGCCGCCGCUCGACCUCACCAGAAGUCCUCGAGACCGCCGGCGCAGACUGGGCCGGCGCAGCCCGCAAGCGCUCGCGCACCCACGCAUCCCCGCCUCCCAAGCGCAAAAGCGCUGGCGAACCGCCCGCGGCGGGCGCGGCGAAGAAGCGCAGGACCGACGGCGCUGAGGCGCGCGAGUCUGUAUGCACCCGCAAGCGCAAGGCGGGUGAUGGGGGUGGCGAUGAGGAAUGGAGUAGGGCGAAGCGGGUGGCGGCGCAGAAUGGGGCGUUGCAUGGUGGAGCGUGGCGGGCUCCGUGUUUCGAGGGGAGGAAGCGGGGGAGGGAGGAGGGGAGGGAGGAGGGAGGUGGAGAGAAGCGGCGGCGUAGUUGGUAGGGGGUGUGUUGGGCUGCUGUUGGGGUGUGGAUUCGGAGCUGGAGUUGGGGGUGGGCAUGGCUGAAGGCCUCCGCAGUCCGUCUGCUCUUCGCCCACCCUCCAACCGCGUUGAUUUCUCCGGCCUGAUCCUGUUCCAAAACAAGGUAUAUAUUUGAUUAGCUGUAAUGCCUUAGAGGAGGCAGGGAACUCAAUCAUUUUACUCAAUUACUUUGUUC